AUGCACAACGUGCCGAUUGACCCAGCGACGACAGCCGAAGAGAUGCCACCGGCAGGCAGCAGUCUUCCUAUACGUCGCGUUCCUCUGAUCAUGAUGGCUUUGUGGACCGUGUUCUUUUUCUACGCUUGCAUUGCUGUUGCAGUGGAACUUGUGGAAAAGGUGGAGUAUUCUCCACAAAAUAUUACUUUUGCCGCUGACACAAGGGGACUGAUCCAUAUGGGAAACUCUUCCAAUAUCUCAAAGGGAUUGUCUGGGAAAUUCGAGUUCAUUGAAGUUGUCCAUUUGUACAACGAUUCCUCGAAUGGAGUGGAUGUGUUGUCAGAUGGGGAACAAGAGGAAGGAGCAUUCAAUAAAGUAGAUGACGAUAGAACUCAUUCGAGCCAAGGAUUUGUUAUUGACAAAAACAAAACUGCAUCGCCAAGCAACUGCAAAGUGGAUGGUGUCGUCUACAACACGUUGUCCGAGCCAGAGCUAGCGGAAAAAGGGGAUUCUGACUCUGUCACAGCCGGCGCUUCUACAACAGGUGCUGUUGAUGGCUUCAAAACUAAUUAUACAUCUGCUUCUGAGCCUGCCUUCAGUGAAGACGUGUCUUCGGUCGGAGCCAAUUCCACCAGCAGCAACGGUGACGAUGGGGGUACCUCUAAACUGACCCCCGUGGAAGUGGCAUCCAUCAACGCCCCUGCCGCCGCCCGCCGCGCGAACUCCGCUGGCUCCACUUCCUUGGCAGCUCGUCUGGCGUCGCUCGUCGCCGCUGCCCCGGAAGGGGCCAAAUCGCCUACGCGUCGCAGCGCAGUGUUGUGGAAAGUGAUUGUCGACUAG